AUGAAACCCAAGAAAACCAAAGGAAAACAAAGGAUUAACAUCAAGAAAAUUGAAAAAGACGAAGACAGAUUGGUCACAUUGUCUAAGCGUCGAAAUGGUAUCUACACUAAACUCAGUGAGCUUUCCAUUCUCUGUGGUGCUGAAGUUGCGUUUCUCGGGUAUUCUUGCUCUGGAAAACCAUACACAUUCGGCAGUCCGUCCUUCCAAGCCGUGGCAGAGCGGUUUCUCAACGGCGAGGCCUCGUCGUCUUCUUCAUCAUCGUUGCAACGAUCGGUCAUGAAUGCUCAUCAGCAAGCGAAGAUUCAAGAGCUUUGCAAAGUAUACAAUAGAUUGGUGGAGGAGAUAACGGUGGAAGAAGUCAAAUUAAAGAAGACGGCUGCAUUGGCGGAGAUGAUGCCCAUGAAUGAGGAUGCGUGGUGGAAAGUGGAUCCAAAUGACGUGAAGGAUCGCGAAGAGGUGAAGAAGAUGAUGGAGAAGCAUCAAGAGCUCUAUGAGAAACUGUGCGAGGAAGCUGCUUCAAGGAUCAAGAGAGGACAUGAUGAGAAUAAUAACAAAUGA